GCUAAUACUAACCCUUGAAAAAAUAUCCCGCCCCACGGAAGAAUCACUAUGGUGACGAGAGUGUUUGGUGGAUGUUCUAUCAGUGAAACAACAGCCCUGUUUUUAAUGGAGAAGUGAUGGAAGUGGCACACUCUGCAUCAGAGACAUUCACAGACAGUCAAAGGAAGAAGACCCCUCUUCCCCUGUGCCAACUGGUGGAGGACACAAAAAUAAGUCCCUCUAAUGUCCCUCAUCACCUACUAGAGACCCAAACCUAUACCAAACUCAAGAGCAACAGUGCAAUCCAUGCAGAACCCUCAGCACUUCACUUCAGUGGGUUUAAACUGGGGAAGGAUUAUCAGAGGACCUUGAAACUUAUCAACAUAUCAUCUGAAGUGAUCAACAUUCACAUUAUCCCCACCCAAACAAACCACUUCCAAACAAAAUAUUUAAAAAAGUAUCGUCUUGUCCCCGGACUGUCCUACACAGUGAAAGUACACUUCUGUCCUAAAAAAUGGCGCUACUUCUACGACUGUAUUCGGGUUCAUUGCAAGGGGGAAGAGAAUUUACAGGUACCAGUCCAUGCCUACCCCAUCAUCGAUGACUUGCACAUCCCAACACACAUCACCAUACCAGCUGUCCCACUGGGCCAAAGUGUCAGCCAUGUGAUCCCUCUGAGCUGCAGCUGUCCCAUUGACUUUGAGUUCCAGGUGUACAUCAUCCAGCCACACAAGGCCUUCUCGGUCCAGCCCCUGUCAGGAGUGAUUCCAGCCAAUGGGAAGGUGGAGGUGACCGUCACAUUCAGGCCGUUCCAGUAUGUCACGUCCCAGGUCACUCUACAAGUGGUCAUCUCCCAGUUCAAUUCCAAACCCUACGUCUGCACCCUCAGCGGGUCCUCCUCGCCCCACCUGCCUCUCAGUCAACAGGAGAAAGACAUGGGACAUGCAAGAGAAGUUCUGUUUGUUGACAGUCGAGGGCCUCCACCUGUCUCCUUGAUACAGCCUCUGACCAAAACCAAGCAGAGGUCAAUGCGGACACCUGAAAAGUCAAAGGCUGAUGCAGACGGGUUUUACGUGGGCGAUGAUUAUGGAUAUUUCCACUGGAAUGAAGAACAUGGCCAUUGGGAGAGGUGGACCCUAAACAACAACGAGUACAACUAUGAGUAUGCGUACAAGUAUGACCAGGAUCAACCUGGUCAAGGGGCCAAAUGGGAAAUAGAGGCUGGUUCUUCUCAGAUUGUCGAUGCUCCUGCCCAUCUCCCCCCUCCCUACUUCCUCUGAUCUCCCUCAGCAGAGCCCACAGGAGCAGCCUGGAUUCCUCGCAGCAUCCCCUUGGCCUCUUGCAAAGUAAGCACUUUGUUCGUUAACACAGCAUUGACAUCUGCACAGCUACACAAUCCACCAGAUACAUUCAUUUUGGGAUUUGGAGUGCUAUGAUUACACUGCCUUUACAGUGAAGUUGAUUGAGAUGUUGGACCAAUGUAAUGGAGUUUCAGAUUACCUGGAUUACCCAGAGUACCUAGAUUGAGUUCAGAUCUGAAAUAUAAAGACUGUUUCGUAUCCACGGUAUGAAGCCUCUUUCCACACAUUCUAAACAACCUGGUGUGUUUCCUCUCCUGUAGCGUUGGGACUCUUGAGGAGAUGAUUGAGAUUGCAUGGCAGAAGUGUCAGGAGUACCAAUCUAAGUUCUUCAUGUGGUAUUGUGUUACCCUGUUGUGCACACAGAGUAGGGCACAGGUACGUUUAUUCGUUGGAUGAGACAGCAGAGUUAGAAUGGAUGAUGAGGGAGGGGAUGAUUAUUAUGGUUUGCAUAUUCAUAAGUAAGCAAACAGAUAUGUUUUAGGCCAUGCGUCUAUUACAUUGUAAUUGAUUAUAUGUUGUUUCUGGACUAAACUUCUCUUUCUAUACCACUAU